AUGUCGUGGUACGACACCCAUUGCGCCCACGAACUCAACAAAAAUCAAGCACAGGCCCGAAACUUCGUGGACGGUUUGCUGCGCUACUACGAAUACAUCAUUCUAGCCCCAUACAAGGAGGGGCCCAACGCCGUCCGCCGUCUCUCGGCCUUGGCCUCAUACCCUUCGGGAAGCAAAUCAAUGCUUUUGCUAUACUCGAUGGAGCCCGAGGCAACUUACCGACUCGAUAUUCGCGACCCAGCACAUGACAAGGUCAUCGAUUCGGCAGUGGGAGCAGCCAUCAAUGCGGCAGCGGAAGACUUCAAUAAGUGGAAACAACUGGGUAAAGCAAUGGUUGCUGUGAAGUUUGUAACGAAAGAAGAACGCUACGGGCUGGAAUACUGGUGCCCGGUAAACUGCAAGAUCAAAAUAGAUGGGGAAUCGAAGGUGAAGCCAGAACAUGACUCAAGCGAGUUUCCUUGA